AAAUGGAAAGGAAAGAGGCAGAGACGAGGUCAUAGAAUACUAGCAAAAAAUGGCAAAACAAAGAAAGCCCCUUCCUUCUCUAACGUGGCCCUGCUCUCUCGCAUAGGCAAAAUGGUAGUCUCUGCUUUCUAGGGUUAUGCUUUCUGACAUUCCCGUCGAGUUCCCAGCAGAGAACGAUUUCUGGUCAUUGGAUUUCGUCUCCGGACAAUUCCCAGCCAUUCGACUCGUGCCCGUUUCGAUUGCUGUUAGGUUUUCUGCAGUUGGGCCGUUGGGCUGUCUGAAGCCGACCGACAUCUUUCAGGCAGCGAGAGAGUGAGAGAGAUGAAGGAUCUUCCGGGGACUCCGGGUACCAUUAGCGGCCUGCUGCUCCGGAUGGGUCAGUGUCUAUUUGCGGCGGCUUCGAUUGCCGCCAUGGUGACGGCUACUGGCUUCUCUAGCUACACUGCUUUCUGCUAUUUGAUUGCUUCAAUGGGCCUUCAAGUAUUGUGGAGCCUGGGCCUAGCAUGUCUGGAUGCCUAUGCCUUGAGAAUCAAGAGAGACUUGCAGAAUCCUGUCCUAGUGAGCCUGUUUGUUGUUGGUGACUGGGUUACGGCGAUACUUUCUCUUGCAGCAGCAUGCUCAUCAGCCGGGGUGACGGUUCUUUAUGCAAGGGACGUGGGAUAUUGCAAUAACAAGAAUGCUCCCAUGCCAUGCCAAAAGUUUCAGCUUUCAGUUGCUCUGGCGUUUGGUACCUGGUUUCUCAUAGCACUUUCCUCACUCAUAAUGUUUUGGCUUUUGGCUUCUGUCUGAGAACUAGCAAAAGCGGGGGAGAUCUCAUCGUGGUCGUUUGAUUGCUGGAACAAAAUACCUGUUGUCAUGCUUUCCAUGGUAAGAGGUAGGCAAAUGGAAUACAUGAAAGUUGUUAUCGUCUGAAGUGGGUGUCUUCAGCCAGCCAUCUCUGACCGUUGGAGGUUGUCACUGUAGUCUGGCCCACCGUUUAAGUGGCUGAAGUCGCUGGGGCCUCAAACAGUUGAUAAGCAAAUAUUUUGGGAAUCACAUGCUGGCCCUGCCAAUAUUUGGUUUCUUAAUUUCAACCAUUUGUCAAACUUGUAAAACCACUGUUCUCUCAUUCAAAUUGGAACAGCAGAAUGAAUUCAACAGUUAGGAGUCUUCAUAGAUUCAUUGUUGUAAAAAACUCCAUCUCUGCGGCUGUUAUUGCUGUUAGUACCUGA